AGGCAGACGCGUUUCGCUGUAGUUUAGUACUCGGCGCUUGCCGUAGUCGCGUGUGCUGCUCUUACUUUGUUUCUGUUGGAGGGAGUUUUGGAUCAUGUUUCUAAUCUCUGAGGACUAAAUCAUGGCGCAAAGUUUUCAAAACGUCACUCUUUCAUUGACUUUACCGAUAUCCUGCCAGAUUUGCCUCGGAAAGGUGCGUCAGCCGGUCAUUUGUUGCAACAACCAUGUGUUCUGCUCCAACUGUAUCAAAGUUUGGCUGGAGAAGAGCAGUCAAUGUCCCACCUGUCGAGUGGCCAUCACCCCAGAAAACCCCUGCAGAGAAAUCAUUGGAGCCACAACUGACAGUGAAUCCAAUGAGAGCUCUUCUGUGAAGAGACGCCUCCGAAAGACUCGAGGGGAGCUGCUUUUGCGAGAAUAUGAGGAUGAAAUCGAAACCCUCUUGAAAGAGAACGAGGACUUGAAAAGCAAAAACCUGAGCCUUGAGAUGCAACUUAAGACCGCUCUGGAACCGAGCACGGUCUUGGUUCCUCAGAGCGAAAGCAGUACUGUUGACCCGAGCGCUCUGGAGGUGUCGGCCAAUAAGCUGAGAGCUGCCAAUGACCUCUACAGGAAUGUCAAACAGGACCUCGAAAAGCUGAAGGAAGCUAACAAAACUCUGCGGUCCCAAAAUUUUGACCUAAUCCAGGAAAAUAUGCACUUGAAAGCAGAAGUGGACAGCAGAUCUCCUCAAAAGUUUGGCCGGUAUACGGUUGCAGCUCUCGAGGCUAAAAUUCAUCAGUAUGAGCGGGACGUGGCCCAGCUGAAAAGAGCUCUGGAGCGCAGCGAUAAAUACAUCGAAGAGCUUGAAGCCCAGAACCAGAGGGAUGACCCUCAGCCUGAAGAAGGUGUAUGUUCAAACGCUGCCUCUGGAGGGACUCAAAACGGAGGGAUUGAAAGGAUUGCCCUGAUGCGAAGGAGCCUGAGUGAAAUGGAGGAAACUUCUGUUUGUACAGACCUGGACCGAAAGUGUUCAGAGCUUCCCAACAACCACGGGCACCUCCUGACUACAUCUGAUGCGUGUUUUCUAGGAGGGACCUUGAGUCCACAGAAGGAUGGACUCAAAGAAGUUACCGUUCCCUCUACGCCCUCCUCGGCUCUCAGAUCUCUGAGCUUGAAGAGUCCUGUGGUGUGUAGUGACCGAAAGUUGGGUCUCAAACCUCUCACUUACCUGAGAAGACUGAGUUUUGAUGAUUGCCAGGGCCCAGCCAGCUCAUCCUCAAUCAACCAAAGCCCAGGAUCCUUCCAAGGCAACAAAGGGGCUCCUUUCAGUCAGAAGACCGCUGUGAAUUCAGACAGAGAGGUCUUGUGUGGAGGCUGGAUGGACUGCGGACCUGAGCUGCCCCAUCUGGAGGAAAACAGAGAGAAGUUGGAGCCGUCCGAGGACCCUACGGGAAACAGUGAGGCUUGUAUGGAUGCAGCGUACCUGGACAAGAUCUCUGAGCUGGACUCUAUGAUGGCUGAGGGUGAGAGCUCCAACAGUCAGGUCUCUCACCUUCCCCUGACAUCAUCCUCAUCCUCACGCUCUCCAGACUUUGAUGCCACCCAAAUACCAGAACUGGAUUUCUGUAGCAACCUCUUGGCUGAUCCUGGAACAGCAGGAGAGCACCAAACCACAUCUUUGACACAGGAGACCACCCAUUGUGAUGUUGAGGUCAGUGACAGAGCUGGAGAUACGGUGGAAAAUCCCGGCCAGCCCACCAAACGCAAGUGUCCCACAGGAUCGUCCGUCUCCAGCCCCUCCAAACUCUCCAAACUAAAGUAGAAGCAGAAAUAUUUGAAGUAUUUUACAGCAUGAUCUUCCAGCAUGAAUUCAAUGACUUUUCAGGAGAACAACAAGAUUGAACUGCCUUUCUGUUCCAUCAGGGCUUUUUAUUACACAUUUGCCUCACUGUUCAUUAUGAUGACAGCAGUGAGCGCUGGAUCAUGUUACUGUAUGAUAUAAAAACCAUUUCAGUA